AUGAGCACCGCCGCCUCCCUCCGCCGUGACGGCAUCUACCGAAACCUACCGACCUUUGACGACUCCGUCACCGGGCUCACAGCCAUCAUCACUGGCGCCAACGGCAUCUCGGGCUUCAACACCAUGCGGGCCCUGCUCAGCAGCCCCCAGCGCUGGACCAAGAUCUACGCCCUCUCACGCAGCCCGCCCCCGGAGCCCAUGAUGGCCCUGCUCUCGCCCGAGGCCCGCUCCCGCGUCGAGGUCGUCACCUGCGAUUUUCUCCAGGACGCCGAAACCCUCGGCGAGACCUUCAAGCGCGCCGGCGUCCGCCACGCCGACCACGUCUUCUUCUACUCCUACAUCCACAAGGACUGGUCCGAGGCCGAAGCCCUCGUCGAGAGCAACGUCGCCCUCCUUGAGAACUUCCUCGGCGCCCUCGAGGUCGCCAGCGUCAGGCCCGCCCGCUUCGUCCUCCAGACCGGCGGCAAGAACUACGGCAUGCAUAUCGGCCGCGCGCGCACGCCGGUCGUCGAGUCGGACCCCCAGCCGCGCCACCUCCAGCCCAACUUCUACUACCCGCAGGAGGACCUGCUCAGGGACUACUGCGAGAGGAACGGCGUUUCGUGGAACGUCAUCCGCCCCGCCGCCGUCAUCGGCACCUCGAUGCACGCCGCCAUGAACACAUUCUACCCCUUCGCCGUGUACGCCAUCGUGCAGGCGCGCAAGGGCGAGCCCAUCGCCUUCGGCGGCGACUGGGAGCAGUGGCAGUACGAGUACUACCACUGCUCCGCCAUCAUGACGGGCUACCUGACUGAGUGGGCGGCCCUACAGGAGGACUGCGCCGACGAGGCCUUCAACGCCCAGGACGGCGGGCCCCUCAGCUGGGAGCGCUACUUCAGCGAGCUGGCCCGCUGGUUCGGCGCCAAGGGCGUCGUCCCGCCCCCGGAGGACGAGUCGAACCUCAAGACGAUCGAAGGGAAGCGCGGGAAGGACACGCCCCUCGGCUACGGACCGCCCCUGUCGUCCAAGCAGAGCUUCUCCCUGGCGGACUGGGUCAAAGACGAGAAGAACGCUGCCGUCUGGCGGGAGAUUAUGGAGGAGUCGGGCGGCAAGAUCACGCAGGACCCCUUCAAGGACCCGGAGUCUUUUCUCAUGAGCGACUUUGCUUAUGUGAGGUUCGGCAGCCUGUCAUUGAAUAAAGCCAGAAGGUUCGGGUGGACUGGGUUCGUCGACACCAUGGAGAGCAUCUUUGAGAUGUACCAGGAGAUGGAGAAGCUCGGCAUGCUCCCAGCGAUGGAGGUCCCCUCGGCUCGUCCGCUGUGUUAG